AUGGCAUCAUAUCCAGCGCGCAACGAUAGCCGGAUAGUCCUGCAUUUGGAUUACGACUGUUUCUACGCCUCGGUCUUCGAGGUCGAGCAGCCGAUCCUCAAAACUCUCCCCCUCGCCGUGCAGCAGAAGCAGAUCGUCGUGACGUGCAACUACGAAGCGCGCCGACGAGGGUUGCAUAAGCUGCAGCUGAUCCGCGACGCAAAGCGGAUCUGUCCCGACGUGGUCAUUGUGCUCGGCGAAGAUCUGACGAAAUUCCGCAAUGCCUCCAAGGAAUUGUAUCUCUUUGUCAAGGACUUUGUCUGGGGCGGCAGGGUCGAGAAAUUGGGCUUUGAUGAGCUCUCCCUCGAUGUGACGGAGAUGAUCGAUUACAACGUCAGGGGUCUGAAUCCUCAUGAUCUACCUGCUUCCUUCUUCCAUCUGGAUCGCACAGACCCGACGGUGGGCUUUGCGUACGAUGCCGCCAAAUUUGAGGGCCAAACAGCUCCACCGUCCCCUGGGGGCCUUGGAAGCGCAUCCUCAUUGGACCUGUCGUCAUUGGAGGUGAGGCUGCGGGUGGCCUCCCAUUUAGCUGGGUAUAUUCGAGGUCAGCUAGAGCAUGAGAAGGGCUACACCGCUACGGGAGGGAUAUCGACGUCGAAAUUGUUGGCUAAGCUGGUGGGCAAUCUCCACAAGCCGAACAGCCAGACGACGCUUGUACCGCCCUACGCGCCCACAGAGAAUGACUCGCAGGGCAAUAUCAUUAGAUUUCUAGAUGCGCAUGAGAUCCGCAAGAUUCCGGGGAUUGGCUCGCGGUUGGCGCAGAAAUUGAAGGAUCAUGUCGCGGGCCGUGAUGCAACAACGGACGACAACGUCACCGUGAGGGAUGUGCGCCUGUUCCCGGGCAUGGGCCCGGCCUCGCUGGAAAGGAUCCUCGGGGGGCCAGGUGCCCCCAAAGGUAUCGGGAUGCGCAUGUGGAAUAUCCUUCACGGAGUCGACAGUUCCGAAGUCCUCGAAGCCCGCGAUCUGCCCACCCAGAUUAGCAUCGAGGACUCGUACGGUCGGCUAGACAGCCUCGACAGCGUACGGCGAGAGCUAGCAGUCCUAGCAAAGAGUCUCAUCCGACGGAUGAGGACAGAUCUACUCGACAAAACCGAUCCCACGACUCCCCAGGGACGGUGGCUCGCUCAUCCUCGCACCCUACGACUCUCCACGAGACCUCGCCUCCCACCAGGCAGCGAUACCGGGCGCACCUACAGUGCCAACCGUAUCUCGCGUUCGGCACCGCUUCCACCAUUCGUCUUUGCGCUGGAUGAAAACAUCGAUGCAUUGGCUGAGCGACUGGUGCAGGAGGCUGUGCUGCCGGCGUUCCGAAAACUUCACCCGGACAAGGCUGGCUGGGCUCUCAGCCUCAUGAACAUCGCCGUGACUAAUUUCGUGGAAAGUGCCGGGGAUCAGAAACAAAGUAGCGGACGCGAUAUUGGAAAGAUGUUUAGGCAGCAGGAGAGUCGUGCCCUGCCCAGAUCCAGUACUCCACCGGUUCUGGUGGAUCCCGCCGGAAAUGACAUUCUAGACGCCUGGGACGAGACGGACGAGCCUUUGCCCGGGAGAAUGUGUCCACGCUGUGAGGCCCGGAUUCCCGAUUUUGCAUGGCAGGCCCAUGAAAUAUACCAUUCGACGCACUCCAAGGCCUUCGAGGCCAUUCGCCAUGUCGCGCCCAUCGAGAACCCAGUGAUCGGCACCUCCUCCCAUAACAUCGACUACUCCUCCGAUUUCGAUCUCACCUUUGACCUGCACGAUGGCUCACAGCGGAUAAAGCUGGAACUCCAGCCGAAUUACGAGAUCAUCGCAGAGGAUGCCUAUGUACAGUAUCUCAAUCCCGAUGGCAGUAUAGACUAUGGGGAGCCGAUGCACCGGCAUGAAUUCAAGGUGUUUUUGGGCCGCGCGCUGGAGGGGUCGGGCAAAGGGGGGUGGAAGCCCGUUGGAUGGGCUAGAAUCACGGUGCGAAGGGACGGCCCGGAUCCGUUGUUUGACGGGGCCUUUAGCGUCGGACACAACAAACACCACAUCGAGUUGAAGUCGACGUAUUUACAGAAGAAGCGUCCGAUCGAUGCGGAUAUCGAGGAUCGGGAGGGCGAGUACAUGGUGGUCUUCCGGGACUCGGACAUGAUCAAGGCCACGCAUCAGGAACUCAAACGGUCUUUGGCCCCCUCCGAGGAAAGCUGUAGGGCGCACGAGCUGGACUUCAAUGCAGACCUCGAAAAGUCCAUCUUCAGCGGUGGGCUUGACCAGGCGGGCAACGGCCGGUUUGGCGUCACCUCUUUGAAUUCCCUAUUCGGCCUGAGCAAGCGACAAUCCGAUAUUGGCGGCGUAUCGGGGAAUACGGGCAACGUGAAUCUGAAGUCGAGCAUUGGCAACACGGCGGGAUGUCCCAAGACGAAGAAGGUUGCUCUGAUCGGUGUGGCCACCGACUGUCAAUUUACCCAAACGUUCAGCGGCAACACGACGGCAACCGCGAAACAAGCAGCACGGGAUUGGAUCAUCAGUACUGUGAACACGGCAUCCAAUGUCUACGAAGACUCCUUCAAUGUCUCACUCGCCCUGAAGAAUCUCACCAUCAACUCCGCGAUCUGCCCGGCGACAGCCGCCGAGGCCACCCCGUGGAACAUGAACUGUAACAGCGGCAAUAUUACUUGGCGUCUGAACGAAUUCUCCAAGUGGCGUUCGGAAAACCCGGAUGGCAACGCCUACUGGACUCUCAUGACCGACUGCAAGACCGGUGACGAAGUCGGCGUCUCAUGGAUGGGCCAGCUGUGCAAUGAUCAGCUCGUCAGCUCUGGCGGCCAGUCGGUCUCGGGCGCCAAUGUGGUGGUGAAAACGGCCGGGUCUAGCUGGCAGAUCUUCGCCCAUGAGACCGGACACACAUUUGGUGCGGUCCAUGACUGCGAGAGCUCAACCUGUGCCGCCGGCUACGAAUCCAAAAACGAGUGCUGUCCGCUGAGCACCACGACCUGCAGCGCCAGCGGCCAGUACAUCAUGAACCCAGCGGCGAACCCCAGCGUGUCGGCAUUUUCCGAAUGCACUAUCGGCAACGUCUGCUCGGCAAUUGGCACCAGCAGCGUGAAGUCCUCCUGUCUGACCAACAACCGUGGCAUCGUCACCAUUACGGGCAGCGUGUGCGGCAACGGCAUAGUCGAGGCAGGCGAGGAAUGCGACUGCGGUGGCGAUCAGAACUGCGGCGACGACCCCUGCUGCGACCCCACGACAUGCAAGUUCAAGGACGGCGCCGUCUGCGACGACUCCAACGACAGCUGCUGCACGAGUUGCCAGUUCACCCCCGCCAACACCGUCUGCCGCCCCAGCACCGGCCAGUGCGAUAUCGCCGAGUACUGCACGGGGACCACAGGCGCCUGCCCAAACGACGCAUUCGAAAAAGACGGCACGGACUGCGGCUCCUCGGGCGCUGGACUCCAGUGCGCCAGUGGCCAAUGCACCAGCCGGGAUUACCAGUGCAGGUCCGUGCUAGGCAGCAUGCUGAACAGCAACGACACGUGGGCCUGCGACAACACCAACGUUCCCAGCUGCCAGCUCGUCUGCGGCGCGCCCGAAAUCGCCGCGAAGUACGGCUACAGCACAUGCAUGUCACUGAACCAGAACUACCUCGACGGCACACCGUGCGAUUCCGGCGGGCGCUGCAGCAACGGUCAGUGCCAGGGCUCAUCGGCGCUGGGGUGGAUCAACGAGCACAAGGCCCUGGUUAUUGGGAUCUGCGCCGGCGUUGGCGGCCUGAUCGUACUGGGUAUCCUCUCGUGCCUCAUCUCGCGCUGCAGAACCGCGCGCGCUCGCAAGAAUAUGCGUAAUCGUGCUCCCCCGCCAACGGGUUCCUAUUCUCCGUACGGUGGUCGCUACCCUGCUCGUCCCCCGAGAGCAUCGGACCGUCCCCACCGGACGGAUCCGCCGAUGUCCCAGUGGGACAGCUUUCCUGAUGCCGGAUAUCAGAACGUGCCCCCGCCAUACCCCUAUAUGCCGCGCGGUCCACCACCCGUGCAUUAUUCGUGA